AUGAGCGAAAGCCGGUUCUUUGUUCCAUCCGAUUCUAGCAACCUUCGAGGUAGUUCGGAGCCCUCGCUGUCCUCAUGCCCCAAAGCCGGACCAAAACACCAGCGCUCCAACUCGGCCCCGGCUCGAACAGCUUGGCUGGCGGAGGAACCCGCCCGGCGAGAAUCGAAAGCGGGGCUUCAAACAGACUUGUAUAAGCUUCAUCGUCACCAGAGCGUCCAAGAUGUGCACUCGGGGCUGUCAAAGUCACCAGCUCGAUCUGGACCGCGCUUGCCAUCAUCGGUCGUAAGCGAAAGUCGCGCAUCAGUUGAAGGGCCAGCUCCCAUAUCUGCGGAGUCUGCUGCCCCCAGAUUUAAACGUGCGAUAGAGAAAGCAGAGGAGCGCAGCUCCACAAAUGAAUCCGAAAGAGGCGCACCGUCUGCCAAUGAUACUGCAGGGCCGGUCGAAAAAUCGUCCGAGCAACCAGCUCAUGUUGACGAGGAGGGUGCGCAUUCGAAACGUGUCGAGUCUGACAUCGCGCAGUGGACGACCCAACGGCACAAUAACGUCAUUCAACGCAGCCUAGAGAACUCUGAUAAACUUCCUCAGGCAUCAUCGUCGCCGUCCAGAGCAGCUGCUGGUGGCGAAGAGGAAGCUCGAGGCGUCCAACCCAUACCAGAUGAUCAGUCUCGAUAUAAUCUAUUGAGUUGUUAA